AUGUCGUUCCAAUUGCAGAACUCCGAGGUCUUGGCGCGGUUGAAGCCCUUCGGUAUUCUGUUUGAGAAGUCGCUCUCCGACUUGAUCAAAGGGAUUAGACAUCAAUCCAAGGAGUCUCCAGAGUCUUUACUGAACUUUCUAGAUGUCGUGAUCCAGGAGUGCAAAACCGAGCUUUCAACGACGGAUUUGGAGACAAAGGCUACGGCAGUGUUGAAGUUGGCAUAUUUGGAGAUGUAUGGCUUUGAUAUGGCUUGGUGCAACUUCCAGAUCUUGGAAGUGAUGUCUUCAGGCAAGUUCCAGCAGAAGAGAAUCGGAUAUUUGGCUGCGAUCCAGCUGUUCAAAAACGAACAGGACUUGUUAAUCCUUGCUACCAAUCAGUUCAAAAAGGACUUGAACUCGCAUAAUCACACCGAGAUAGGUUUGGCACUUAGUGGCAUUGCUACCAUUGUUACUCCCAAUUUGGCGAGAGACAUCAACGACGACGUGUUGAUGAAAUUGAGCCAUUCGAAACCGUAUAUUCGUAAAAAGGCUAUCUUGGCCAUGUACAAGAUCUUCUUACAAUAUCCUGAAAGUUUGCGAGUUAAUUUUAAUCGCGUUAUCGCCAUGUUGGACGACGCAGACAUUUCCGUGGUUAGUGCUACUGUCAAUGUAAUCUGUGAAAUUUCCAAGAAAAACCCGCAUAUAUUCAUGACAAGUUUGCCCAAAUUCUUCUCCAUCUUGGAGGACACCAAGAAUAACUGGUUAAUCAUCAGAAUAUUGAAGUUGUUCCAGAGUUUGUCGCGUGUAGAACCUCGUAUGAAGAAGAAGAUUCUUCCGACGAUCUUGGACUUGAUCCUCAGAACCCAAGCAUCGUCCUUGAUCUACGAGUGUAUCAACUGUAUCGUUAACGGCAACAUGUUGAGUGCAGACUCUUCAAAGGAUAAGGAAACGGCAAAAAUCUGCAUUAAACAAAUUAUGGAGUUCUUCAAGACAAAGGACUCCAACCUAAAAUUCGUGGGCUUAAUUGCAUUAAUUAGCAUCUUGAAGAUAUUCCCCGUGUUUAUGCACAAAGUUGAUGGUGUUUCAACUAUCAUAAUGGACUGUCUCACGGAUCCAGAUCUUAUCAUAAAGAGAAAAGCAUUGGAAAUCUGCCAUUACUUGGUUCAAGAAGAUAAUAUAGCCGAAGUAGUAAAGGUCUUGUUGUUGCAGUUGAUUCCAAGUGAUACGAACGCUAUUCCAGAGGCUUUAAAGCAGGAAGUCACUUUGAAAAUCUUGUCAAUAACAUCGAACGACAAGUAUGCGAAUGUGCCCAACUUCAAAUGGUAUGUGGCAGUAUUGAAGGAUAUCAUCAAUUUGACUUUACUUCCGCUUCCUUCUUCUUCCAAUGCUAGCACGAUCUCUCCAGCAACAGCAAACGUCAUAGCUGCAGAAAUCGGUAAAGAAUUCAAAGAGUUAGCCACCAAGGUGCCUUCUAUUAGACCCACAAUUCUCAACAAAGUGAUUGUGGAAGCUGUUCAGGAUGUAAGAAUCUUGGACGUGUGUCCUUCAUUGCUUAGGGACUUCUACUGGAUUAUGGGAGAGUAUAUAGACGAGUUGAGAUCUCCAUCCGAAGAAGAAAUGUUUAUCCAGGCAAUUGUUAAGUUGUACAAUGGCAUUGUGACCGAUUAUUUGGUGCACUAUUCAGUUCAAGGGAAAUUCAAGCGGGAGCAAUUUAAUCAAUUGGCCCAUUAUUUAUACAAGUUGAUCAACUUCCUUGGAAACUGGGAGAACCAUAGGAACUAUGAAGUUCAGGAGAGAGCUUUGUCGUGGUUGGAAUUCUUGAAGCUUUCAUUAGAAGCAAUGACACAUGAAGAUAUUUCGGCUAUCCAGAAAUUGGAAAAGGACGAGAAUAGUUUGCCAAUGUUGCUAACACAUAUUCUUCCAUCAUUUUUCAAGAGUUAUCCUUUGAACCCAAUUGCAAAGAACUCACAGAAAAAGAUUCCUAUUCCAGAAGAUUUGAAUCUUGACGAGCCAAUCUACACCAUUCCAUUUGAUGUGUCUGCUGAUGACGUUGACAGUUUUGUCAAUGAUGAAUAUGAUUUAUUCAUUGAAGACGAAGUUGAUUUACAUGCUGAAGAAGCAUCUUUGAUCAGUUUGUCUAACAGAGGCAGUGACGAUGACUUGAAGAAGAAACAGGAGAGAUUGGAGAAAUUGAGAGAUGAUCCAUACUAUCUUGGAUCCAAGAAGUCUUCUAAGAAGAAGUCUAUUAACAGGAGAGUUCUCUUGGUCGAUGAAGACAAGACCCCAAGCCCAGAAAACUUCAGUGAGAAGGGUUCGAUUAAUUCAGGAGUUGCUCCUGUCAAGGAGAGAAAGAAGAAACCGUUGAAGAUGAAGAAGGAUAAAGUGGUCAUCUUGUCGGAAGAGACAAUAGAAGGUGGUCCAGAUGAAGAAGAAGAUGAAGAAGCCACUGCUGUUAAAGCCAAGUCCAAAAAAAAGAAGAGUAACUUUAUGAUUGAUUCGUCGAAUUUGGAUAAUUUCGAUCUUACUUCUUCGGCCAUGUCAGAGUCGGUCUCUGGUUUGGACAAGGACUACGAGUACAACAUUGAUUUGGACGAGUUAAGAAAGAAAUUGGCCCUGUCUUCGUUGAAAGACAAGGAGAAGAAGGAAAAAAAGGAGAAAAAGAAAAAGAAAAAGAAGAGUUCCGCUUCUAACGUUGAAAAAAUCAAA